UAAUCAUGCACUUAAUUGAGUAAUUAGCCAUUUCAAACUCACACUUAAAACACACAUUUUUCGGAAGAGAAGGUAAAGCUAGCAGCUACACAACAAUGCCAAUAAGCCGGAAAUUUCGGACAUGGGCAGUUGUUACGGCAGUAAUAGCCGUCCUAGUCGUCUUCGUCGGGCCAUACAUCAUCGGACCGGAGAGUAUAGUGGGCUCGAAAAACGUCCUAACCAAGGCGACGAUGAUCCCGCUUCCCGUUGAUGGACCGGAAAGCCUGGACUGGGACCCACAAGGGGAAGGCCCAUACGUCGGCGUCACCGAUGGUAGCAUACUCAAAUGGCGCGGUGCGGAUCUUAGCUGGGUCAAAUUCGCCUACUCAACUCCCGACAGAGGGAACUGUUCGAGACAUAAGGUGGAACCUGCGUGUGGAAGGCCUUUAGGACUGAGCUUCGAAAAAAAAUCGGGAGAUUUGUACUUUUGUGACGGUUACUUAGGGGUAAUGAAAGUUGGGCCUAACGGAGGAUUGGCCGAGAAGGUCGUGGACGAGGUAGAAGGUCAGAAAAUUAUGUUUGCGAAUCAAAUGGAUAUAGACGAAGAAGACGAUGCUAUUUACUUCAAUGAUAGCAGCGACACCUACCACUUUGGGGACGUAUUCUACGCGUUUCUGUGUGGCGAAAAGACGGGAAGAGCGAUUCGAUAUGACAAGAAGACAAAAGAGGCCAAAGUUAUAAUGGACGGUCUACAUUUCCCUAAUGGUCUUGCCAUAAGCAAAGAUGGUUCGUUCGUGCUUUCCUGUGAGGUUCCAACGCAACUUGUUCAUCGAUAUUGGGUCAAAGGACCUAAAGCAGGGACCCGCGACAUAUUCGCUAAGCUCCCGGGCUACGCUGAUAACAUCAGGAGGACCGAGACAGGGGAUUUUUGGGUUGCCUUGCAUUCUAAGAAAACUCCGUUUUCUAGGCUUUCGUUGAUGCAUCCGUGGAUUGGGAAGUUUUUCAUGAAAACGUUGAAUAUGGACCUGUUGGUUUUUCUAUUUGAAGGAGGAAAGCCUCAUGCAGGUGCCGUGAAGCUCUGCGGCAAGACCGGUGAGGUUAUGGAGGUUCUUGAGGAUAGUGAAGGGAAGAAUAUGAAAUUCGUAAGUGAGGUUCAAGAGAGAGAUGGUAAGCUUUGGUUUGGGUCUGUGUUUCUGCCUUCUGUUUGGGUUCUCGAUCGUCAGUGAUCUAAAGUUACGGCUUCCUUGAACUGUUUUAAAUCUGUACCGUCAUUAUAGAAUCUAUUGUGCUCCUACACUGUCAUUUUCCCAUGUGUGUAGAUUUGAUAAUUAGUUUAUAAAAAGUAUUUGCGGUAUC